AUGGGCAAUUCCAAUGCUAAACCAAAUACCAGUAGACCUGUUGAUACUACUCGCGCUAAGCCUAAAGAACAAAGAACCAUGGGCAAUUCCAGUGCUAAACCAAAUACUAGUAGACCUGUUGAUACUACUCGCGAUAAGCCUAAAGAACAAAGAACCAUGGGCAAUUCCAGUGCUAAACCAAAUACUAGUAGACCUGUUGAUACUACUCGCGAUAAGCCUAAAGAACAAAGAACCAUGGGCAAUUUAAAUGUUAAACCAGAUCAAUGCUAAACCAAAUACCAGUAGACCUGUUGAUACUACUCGCGCUAAGCCUAAAGAACAAAGAACCAUGGGCAAUUCCAGUGCUAAACCAAAUACUAGUAGACCUGUUGAUACUACUCGCGAUAAGCCUAAAGAACAAAGAACCAUGGGCAAUUCCAGUGCUAAACCAAAUACUAGUAGACCUGUUGAUACUACUCGCGCUAAGCCUAAAGAACAAAGAACCAUGGGCAAUUUAAAUGUUAAACCAAAUACCAGUAGACCUGUUGAUAAUACUCGCGAUAAGCCUAAAGAACAAAGAACCAUGGGCAAUUCCAGUGCUAAACCAAAUACUAGUAGACCUGUUGAUACUACUCGCGAUAAGCCUAAAGAACAAAGAACCAUGGGCAAUUCCAGUGCUAAACCAAAUACUAGUAGACCU